CGCAACCACCUACACCUGUUGUUGCACUUCACCACCACUAUCCAGCUUCCACUCUCUGCUGCAGUCUUGCUUUUGCUGCUACUCCGCUCUUGCUACCCGCAGUGUCUCUACGACUCCACCAUCUGCUUGCCGCACUGGACAUUUGUUGUUGUUGUUGUUGUUCUGUCGACUAGCCGAGCAUAUCAACCGCCUCACCGCAACUCCAACCGCACACCACGCUUCUGCCCCACUUCCACGCUCUGUGAUUGCAAAACUCGUUUUGUGAGCCCUUCAGCUUCGUGUACAGCUUUCCGAAGAGCUUCAGUGUGCAAUUCGCUUUCGAUCCACCAUCCUUUCGUCCCGUCUUCGUAGAAACGCUUCGAAAUGGCUUUGUUUACACGCCAACCCUUUGCCGAGAUCGGUUCGCCGCGUCUCCAGGCACUCCACAGUGCAAAGAAUAGGCAGAAUGCCAUCUCAUCGUCCUCUGCCACUUUCACUCCUUUCAAGCCAACUUCGCCAUCCUCGACUGGCAAGCGUCGCGCCUCUGAUAUCUUCGACGACUCUGCUGACUCGGAAAACGUGGAUCCCUCUUCCUUCAACUCGCCCGCUAAAAAGUCCAAAAUCUGCGAUGCCGGUUACGUGAAGCCUGCAAGAUUUUCUCUGAUGUCCUCGCCGGUGAACAAGGCCGGUCCCACGAGCUCCUCUCCAGUGGCUUCCGUCCGCAAAGCACUAUCCUCGCCAAACACUGCCCACUCCACCCCCAUCAACCACAGCCGUGGCUCUCCCAAACACAAACGCGUCGGUCUCCUGUCCAAGCGUCGCACUUCUGGCUCGCCCUUCCGCCGUGUGGAUCCACCAUCUUUCUCUACCCAGAGCAGCCCGGCUCUUCCCUUCUCCAUCGAUGCGGCUUUGAGCGGUACCAUUCCCAACUACACACCCAAAUCGACGCAAGCCACGCCUAUCACCACCCCAAGCCAUACCCCAGUCGUGGAUGAAUCAAUGCCCAAGUCCUGGUUCUUCGAGAUCCACGAAGAUACACAGGAGCAAGAAGCCGCAAACAUGAUGGAACACUCUGCCGCAGUUCUCGACAUCAGCUCCGACGACGACUUUGAGACUAAACAGUUGAACGAGGACCGUGGUAAAGAGAACGUACCACCGCCUGAAUUCAUGCCUGCACAAGCGAACACACAGCAACAGGCCGAUGGUGCCAUGGAGGCUGUUGACCGAGACGUACCUGCAGAGCAGCAUGUCAAGCUACCUCGUCUCCGAAAGAUUGCGCAGGAUGCCAUGGACGAGGACCGGAAACCCCUAGGCGAUCUACCCGCCACAGAGUUCUAUGGGGAAGGGUGCGAUGCGACCAGCUACAUUACUGUCGAGGCAGGCUUGGAGAAACCUAGUGGACUAUCCAAGGAGUUCGACUUCAACUGCCCAACCCCAGAGAAGAAUGAAGACAAGAGCACUGCCCUACCAAUGACUGCCUCUGCCAGUGUGGAAGUAGCACCCCACACAGAGGAAGGCAUUGAGAUCUACAAUGAUGAAAGCGCGGUCGCUCCUCAAGAAGCAGUUGCACCUACAGAGACUAUCCUUCCCUCGGAACCCCAACAUGUCAUAACCGAGGCUCUUUGA